GUCUUUUCAAAGGUCAUUUUUGAUUGAAUCAUCUAACUUUGGGACCAUUAAAUAUUCCUAUCGUCAAAUAAAUAUAAGUCGAAAUGGGUGGUACUCGUGAAAAGAAAGUCGAAUAUUUCGCUAAAUUAAGAGAAUUAUUAGAAGAAUACAAGUCUAUCUUCGUUGUUGGUGUUGACAAUGUUUCUUCUCAACAAAUGCACGAAAUCAGAAAAACCUUAAGAGGUGAUGGUGUUGUUUUAAUGGGUAAGAACACCAUGGUCAGAAGAGCCAUCAGAGGUUUCUUAUCUGACUUACCAGAAUUUGAAAAAUUAUUACCUUUCGUUAAAGGUAAUGUUGGUUUCAUUUUCACCAACUCUGAUUUAAAGCAAAUUAGAGAAGUUAUUACUUCUAAUGUUGUUGCUGCUCCAGCUAGAGCUGGUGCCGUUGCUCCAGAAGAUGUCUGGGUCCCAGCCGGUAACACUGGUAUGGAACCAGGUAAGACUUCUUUCUUCCAAGCUUUAGGUGUUCCAACCAAGAUUGCCAGAGGUACUAUUGAAAUUGUUUCUGAUGUUAAGGUCGUUGAAAAGGACGGUAAAGUCGGUCCAUCUGAAGCUACCUUAUUGAACAUGUUAAACAUUUCUCCAUUCACCUACGGUAUGACUGUCGUUCAAGUUUACGACAACGGUCAAGUCUUCCCAUCUAACAUCUUAGAUAUCUCUGAUGAUGAAUUAGUCGGUCACUUUGUUUCCGCUAUUAACGUCAUUGCUUCUAUCUCCUUAGCUGUUGGUUACCCAACCUUACCAUCUGUUGGUCACUCCGUUGUUAACCACUAUAAGAACGUUUUAGCUUUAUCUAUUGCUACUGACUACACCUUUGAAGGUUCAGAAGCUAUCAAGGACAGAUUAGCUAACCCAGAUGCUUACGCUGCUGCUGCUCCAGCUGCCUCUGCUGGUGGUGCUGCUGCUUCCGAAGAAGCUGCCGAAGAAGCUGCUGAAGAAGAAGCCGAAGAAUCUGACGAUGACAUGGGUUUCGGUUUAUUCGAUUAAACUGAUUAAGGAAUC